AUGCACCAGGGAGCGUUGAUAGGAAGUAAGUUCAUUUUUGUCUUGUUCCUGAUUUGCUGUAUAAUGCUCACUCUGGUCUACAACGACUUCAACUUCUUAAAAUGCAAAGCCGUAGGAAUCCAACCAACAGAGAAUAUUAUAAUCGAAGAAGAAAUAAGAGAAAAGAACAAAGCAACUGAAUUGGCAGCACGUUUAGAACCAGUUUCUCUCACAAGUAGUACCACCACCACAGCAUCAACUGCAACACAGAAUGUCACAACCACUAGUAAACCACUCACUAGCACACAACCGCAUGUAAUCGUACGCAAAGGCAAAGAGGUGAAGUUCCUGAUAUCUAGUGAAAAAUGCAAGAUAGUCGACCUAGACCCAUUCAGCAGAGAAGCCAAAAAAUAUUUCCACCCAGAAAAAUACAAGUCCUGUAGAAAACAUGACCUGUUAACCUACGUUACUAAAAAUGACAAUAUUGCUACCCUCCACAUAGACCAUGAAGUAGCUCCAUCUUAUUCAUCUAAAGGCGUGAAGUGUUGUUAUUCCAACGUUACCAGAAAGCACAAUAUCUCCAAUCCUGAUGGAGGCAUCAGUGUCUCUUCUUGCCAGCGCUUCGAGAACAAUGUGACCAUCCACCAUGACCCAAUAGUAGUGAAAUGCACAGAGAAAUCGUCUCACAAACAAGUAUACGAGAACGCACACAUUGCAAUCACAAUAAGCGAAGACGUCCAGAAGAAAAUAGAUAACUUUGACAAUAAUACAAAACCGUUAAGCAUUUUGUUCAUCGGUAUAGAUAGCAUUUCACGGUUGAACCUCAUCAGAGCGAUGCCAAAAACCUACAGGUUCUUGAGAGACAAUGACUGGGUACCGUUGAUGGGGUACAACAAGAUGGAUGAUAAUACUUUUCCCAAUUUGAUGUGCAUACUGACGGGGUUCAAUAAUUCGAUGUCCUACAAUAUCUGUGAUCCGUUUACUGUUGGGAAGUUAGAUGCUUGUCCGAUGGUAUGGUACGACUAUAGAAAAGCAGGCUAUAUCACGGCAUAUGGGGAAGAUGAAGUUACACUAAACACCUUCAACUACCGGAAGAAAGGGUUCAAAACACCACCUACUGAUUACUACUUCCGACCUUACGUGCUAGCCACCGAAAGGUUGACCAAAGUGAUGAAAGACAGCAUGACCUACUGCACAGGCCCUGAAACAGCUGGACAAAGAAUAAUGAACUUGGCCAAGGACUUUGCAUUCACUUUCAAAGGAUACCCAAAUUUUGGAUUCUUUUGGAUGAACUCCUUCAGUCACAACCGUUUGAAUACUCCUACUGGUAUGGACGCCAAGGUGAAGAAUUUCCUGGAGGAACUGACUAAUGGCGGCGUCACCGAGAAUAGUAUCGUUAUCUUUUUGAGCGAUCAUGGUAUGAGAUUUGGCGACAUAAGGCUGACACACACGGGAUGGCUUGAAGAAAGACUGCCAUACAUAUACAUCUCGUUUCCCAGUUGGUUUCAAGGAAAGUAUUCCAAUGAAUAUGCCACCUUCAAAAACAAUUCCUACAAGUUAACCUCUCCGUUUGACGUUCAUUUGACCUUGAAGCAUAUACUGAAGUUGCAAGACAAGAACUAUACGAUUACACCCAGUGUGAGCUGCCCAACAUGCAGGUCAUUAUUCGAAGAAAUUCCAUACCAUCGGUCAUGCGAAGAAGCAGGGAUCACUAGCCACUGGUGCACAUGCCUAGGAUUCGCACCGGUAGUCUUAGAAAAAUCGUUAGAACGGGCUGUGGUCACUUUCCUCCUGAAUGAAAUCCACGACACACUGAGGAAAGCUAAAGGUACCAGACCCUGUGCCAAAUUUACGUUAGAUAGGGUGCUGAAAAUCAGUCUGUCCCAGAAACUUCCUUACCAGAAUGACAGCCACUUGCUAGUGCAGAUACAAACCAAGCCAAAAGCUGUUUUUGAGACUACUUUAAGUUUCACCGGUGAUAUUCACGGCCAAAAUUUUACUCUGUCCGGUAGUAUUAGUAGACUAGAUAGCUAUAACGAUCAUAGUAAAUGUGUUUCAGAUGCCAAUUUGAGGAAGUAUUGUUAUUGCCAUUGAAGUGGUAUUGAAAGUGCCUUGUUUAAGAUAAUAUAAGACUUGUUUAUCGCGCAUUGUAUGUGAUAGAUGUAUUUAAGUACAAAGGGUAUGAUACGGUAAUGCAGAGUUUAAAUAGGGUGCUCUGUUUUUUUUCAAAUCGAUUUCUGCUUAUACUCUCCUUACAGUGGCAAACUUCUCUAAUGGAUCACUAAUUCAUCACUGCCUACAUGAAAAGGACUACAUUGGAAACCAAGAAACCAUAUUCUUAGCGUGACUGCAUAACAGGUUUUAAAAGUAGCAUGCUGUUCUUCCAAAGCACACAUUGAUAUUAUGAGGAGAACACAACUAUGGGUCUUUCCAUCGUUUUUGGCGGUUACGUAUCAAUGCCUUACGAAAUGAGUAAAGGUGCAUUACAUGUCUAGUGGAUGUAUGAGUGAUAUAGAGAUAUGAAAGUGUCAUUUCAAAAUAGGUGAUGAGCACCUGGAACUCUAUCAAUUGAAAACGAAAAUUCUAGAUUUUAUAAGAAAAAAAAAGUCAAAUCAUGCCACUUGUCACAAAAAUCUUAUUGGGAAACUCUGGAAAAGGCCGAAAGCACUGAUAUUGGAAGGGUACAACCAGAAGUGAUUUUCUUCUAGCUGAAUUCAUAAAGCUCGUUUCGAAUCGGUUUAGUUUGUGAGACAGUACGAACUAGAUCAAUUUCACCAAUAAAAACAAAUGCUACCAUUCGUACCAGAGUUUAAUCUGGCCGUAACGAUAGUUAGGCAUUUUGUAAAAACGUAAGGAUGCGAUGAAGAGAUGUUGAUCCUUAUCGCAAUGUUUCAUGAACCUCGAGGAUUAUUCAUUGUCCUGAAUCCUUGGCCGUAAGGCUGUUUCACUUCGGUAGAACAUGACAUACUCAAACACUUUCUGUUUUUCAUUUCUGAGAAAGUUCUUCAAGAAUUAGAGUUUAUUCAGGUAUAUGAAAAUAGAAACACUUACUAUAAAGUACUGCAGCGAAAAGAAUUUAUUUAAUGUGUCAAAAUAUAUCAGAGCACCCACAGAAAAUUGGAGACUGAGUUUGAGGUAUCGAAUCAAUAUAAUAUUCUCACUAGUUAAUCAACGUAUGUAUGGGAAAGUGUGUAACGCUAGUAUUUAUUGACUUAUUUAUCAAUAGUGAUCCAUUGUUGCAUUUGUUAAUUGCCUAUAUGUUUGAUCGUAUCGUAGUAUUAUAUUUCAUAUUUUUUAUAUACUUAUAUACCCUCGAUCUCAUUUCCUAUUAGGUUAUGAUUUAGAUUUUGAUGCACAUGUAUAUGUAUAUAUCCAACCGUUGUUAUUCUAGUCACUUCGUAUAAAAUAAAAUUGCCUCGAAGUAAAA